GUGGCGUAAAGCUUAUGGCCCUGCCAUGACACGUGUUGCGUCAGUGCCUGUUUAGGACCAAGGUGGGCGGCAAAUGGACCUGGAUGAGGCUUUUCUUUAUGUAGGGGAAUUCGGCUGGUGCCAGAAGCGGCUGACUGGAUUCCUGACGCUGCUCCAGAUUUACGUGGCUUGUCAGUCCAUGCUGAUCGUUUUAGUGGGUGCAGUGCCGGAAUAUCUUAUCGACAAUGAAGAUCUCUCAACCAGCAAAGAGGACUAUAUCAAGCAUUUACAUGAUGCCAAUAACUUCACUUCUAUAGUUUCAGAGUGGCACUUAAUCAAGCAUGAAGCAUACAAAGUUAACUUGGCAUCCUCAUUGUUUUUCGCUGGUCUUCUUAUUGGAAAUGUGUUUUUUGGACCCUUGUCUGACAAGCUAGGAAGAAGGCCAGUAUAUUUAUCAGGCCUGUUUUUUGACAUCAUAUUUGGCUACUUUACUGCUCUGGCACCCAGCUAUGAGGUGUUUGCUGUUUCACGUUUUUUUGUGGGCGUCAUGAAUGGUGGCAUGGCUUUGGUGUCGUUUGUAUUAACACAAGAAUACGUUGGAAAAUCGUACUGGGCACUGACUGGUUCUUUAACCAAUCUCAUAUUUGCAGUUGGUAUAGCAUUUUAUGCAUUGCUGGGAUUUUACAUCAGAAAUUGGCGGACACUGGCAUUCGUGGCGAACUCUCCAGGAAUCUUCUUUCUCCUCCUGUCUUUUGUACUGCCCGAAUCCCCAAGAUGGCUGUAUUCCCGUGGGUAUACAGCAGAAGCAGAAGCCGUUUUGGAAUCCAUGGCUGCAGGGAAUGGAGUAGAAAGGCCAGUUGUGAGAUUGAAAUCAUGUCCAGGUACUACUGCGAAUUCAGCACAUAGCGUCUUUGAUUUGGUGAAAUACGGAGUCCUUCGCUGGAGAACCAUUUUAUUGAUGUAUAUAUGGUACGUUUGCAGUUUGGUUUACUACGGCUUGACCUUGAAUGCAGGAGAAUUGAAAGGCAAUCUUUACCUGAAUGUAGCACUAUAUGGCCUUGUGGAAGUUCCUGCGUUUCCAUUGUGCCUGUAUUUUAUAGAGAAGUCAUGGUCUGGGAGAAGAAGAGCAACAGCUGGAUUUUUGGUUUUUGCUGGCUUUGCCUGCAUCUUCACAAUAUUUGUACCUGAGACAAAUGGUGAUUUCAUAAAUCCAACCGUUCUUGCCUUAUUUGGAAAAUUAUCUGUCAGUGCAGCCUUCAAUGUGGUGUAUAUUUAUACUUCAGAGCUUUAUCCAACAGUAGUAAGGAACGCAGGACUAGGUGUUUGUGCAAUGGCGUGCAGAUUUGGCGGCAUCCUUUCUCCUUUCAUACCUGCAAUGAAAUCUUUUAAUCCAUCAAUGCCAUUUGUGGCAUUUGGAAUCAGUGGCAUAUCAGCAGGAAUCCUGAGUCUCUUACUGCCAGAAACACGCAAUAAACCUAUUGCAGAGACCAUCGAAGACCUGCAGUCGCCUGCAUACCAAUUGUUAAGCAGGGGAAAUGAAGUUCUUGCAAGCACAUGAAUAAAAGAGAAUACCGUGUGUGUGUAAGGCUGUGAUUUACAGGGACCAAUCUUUUUAUUAACAAAAAAA